UCUGACAUAAAUGUCUCAUCGUUUGCGGCCGCCUCUGGCUACGUUAAAAAGCUCUUUAUGUGUUUAUAACUUUAAUAAAUCGCAUUAUUAAAAUAGAAAUAGUACUUAUAUUUAUAUUACGGUUCAACUAACUAAAACAAUGACCUGGGGAUUCGUCACUUGUGGCCCUAACGAGGCUCUCGUAGUGUCUGGAUGUUGUUACUCGAAGCCUCUGCUGGUGCCGGGGGGCCGCGCAUUCGUGUGGCCCUCCAUCCAGCGCGUGCAGCGGAUAUCGCUCAACACCAUGACGCUGCAGGUGGAGUCGCCCACCGUCUACACGAGCCAAGGCGUGCCGAUAUCUGUCACGGGAAUUGCGCAGGUUAAAAUACAAGGACAGAACGCCGAGAUGCUGUUGUCAGCAUGCGAGCAGUUUCUGGGCAAGUCGGAGCAGGAGAUACAACAUAUAGCCCUCGUGACCCUGGAAGGUCACCAGCGUGCUAUUAUGGGCUCCAUGACAGUCGAGGAGAUCUAUAAGGACAGAAAAAUGUUCUCCAAAAAGGUUUUUGAAGUGGCUUCAAGUGAUCUAAUCAACAUGGGCAUCACAGUGGUUUCCUACACCCUCAAAGACAUUAGAGACGAAGAGGGCUACUUGAAAGCGCUAGGCAUGGCGCGAACGGCAGAGGUGAAGCGCGACGCGCGCAUCGGCGAGGCGGAGGCGCAGGCCGAGGCCAAGAUCAAGGAGGCCAUGGCAGAGGAGCAGCGCAUGGCCUCGCGCUUUUUAAAUGACACCGAAAUCGCAAAGGCGCAGCGUGACUUCGAACUCAAAAAGGCAGCUUACGACGUUGAAGUUCAAACUAAAAAGGCCGAGGCAGAAAUGGCCUACGAACUACAAGCAGCCAAAACGAAGCAGAGAAUCAAAGAGGAGCAAAUGCAGAUCGCGGUCGUGGAACGUACGCAAGAGAUCGCCGUUCAGAAGUGGGAGGUGCAGAGGCGCGAGAAAGAACUCGAGGCUACUGUCCGCAGGCCCGCCGAAGCGGAGAAGUUCAAGCUGGAGAAACUGGCGGAGGCCCACAGGCUGAAGACCGUGCUGGAGGCCGAGGCCGCUGCGGAGGCCGUCAAAGUUCGGGGAGAGGCCGAAGCAUACGCCAUCAAAGCGAAGGCGGCGGCGGACGCGGAGCAGAUGGCCAAAAAGGCCGAGGCCUGGAAGGAGUACGGAUCUGCGGCCAUGGUCGACAUGAUGCUCGAGACCCUGCCCAAGGUGGCAGCGGAGGUGGCGGCGCCACUGUCGCAGGCGCGGAAGGUGACCAUGGUGUCGUGCGGCGGCGGCGAGGUGGGCGCGGCCAAGCUCACGGGCGAGGUGCUCAGCAUCGUGCAGUGCAUCCCCGAGCUCGUCAAGGGCGUCACCGGCGUCGACAUCUCCAAGGCGGUCGCGGAGCCCCCGACGGCGCCCACGCCGACCCCGUCGCAGCGCGGCGACUCCGCGCGGAAGGCACGAUAACUGGCACUCUCCACGCAACCUUUGUAUGCUCAUCGAGGGUGUGCGCGCUAUGUAAAGGCGCAGGGGUCGCCGCACAGCAACAACAGGCAGAAGUAGUUUCGGCAAUCUUAAAUGUUUUAUGUACCUAUUCUAUUUGUUUUAUGAUUCUUACCUUGUAUUUAUUAGUAAUCAAGGAUCAGAGAAUUUAUUGUACCUAAGUGCCACUGUCUUGUUUUAUUAAUAUUUGAGUAACGCAUCGUUUACCGUUUUUAUUUAACGAUAUAAUGCUAUAUUAUUACAAUAUAGGUAAUAAGGGCACAUUGCUGACGUGCUCUAAAAAUUAUAUGUAUUCUUCUAUUCUGGUAUACAAUGUUGUAUUGUUAUCUACAUCUAUGAUGACUGUCUCAUAAAAACUGUAAUAUAAAAUAUAGUUAAUUCAAAAAUAGUAACUUUGAUCCCAAGUGAGAGACGUAGUUAUAAAUAUAUGUUUAUAUGGUCAGUAUAGAUAAAUGAUCGAUCUGAUAAUUGGGUGUGUUCUUUGGUGUUCCUCGCGAUGUAGGGUGCGUGCGGCGUGAGGUGAGAGGCGCGAGUGUGUAGGGGCGGCACGGCGGGUCCGGGAGAUAUAGAACAAGUUUGCUACUAGAGGAUGGUCGUCGAGCUGUUUGUCUUAGCGUAACUUUAAAAUGUUUGACCAAUCGCCUAAAUUUUCCCAAAGUAGAAAAUUACAUAAUAAUGAUUGUUAUACAAAAAAACUAAACCUAUAUUUUUUUAUUUAGCUAAAACUGUCGUUAAGGUAUAUCUAAAUAUUUCGUGUUCAACAAAGAGGUGUUUAGAAGUCCUAGCAGUAAUUUAGUACAUUCGUAGUUAUUGAUGUAAUUUUUUAAUAUAAUCAAUAUUUUCUACACAGUAAUCGAGAAAGCAAACCUGCGUUCUGCUUGAAUUCAUGUAUGUAUUAUUUUUUGCGUCAACGUAUUACCUGAUUCGGCCUCACCUAGUAUAUUAAAAUUGUAUAUUGUUAUAUAUAAGCAUUAAGCAUCACGUAUGUCAACUUUAGUUUGCUGUAUUUUUGUGAGCAUUGUACUGUAAAAUUUAAAUCUGUCAUCAGGAAAGACUUUAUUAUUUAAUCGUAUAAAUCGAAAAUCACAUUUUAAGGUGCUUCAGUCCAGUACCAUUUCAGCGGAUAAGUAACUAAUCUUGUGAAACUACUGAUGACGGAUUUUAAUUUAUGGUUAACGAACCUGUAAUUAAGUAGUUAUUAAGACUGUUACUCUGCCCCUACUGGGCAUGUGCGGCAUAAGACCUUGGGCGCUCUCGAGUAACGAGCUUGGAAAUUUGAAGGAUAAAGCGCAAGUUCGUUGAAGCGCAAGUCUUGUAGAGAUAAACCAUUUAUAAAAUACACGCUCUAAGACUGUUACUCUGCCCCUACUGGGCAUGUGCGGCAUACGACCUUGGACGUUCUCGAGUAACGAGCUUGGAAAUCUGAAGGAUAAAGCGCAAGUUCGUUGAAGCGCAAGUCUUGUAGAGAUAAACCAUUUUUAAAAUACGCGCUCUUCCAGAGCUUCUAUAAGAUACUUUAGCGUAGGUGCUCUGGAGGGAUGCCUAUGUGUAUGUGGAUUAUAUUUAUCAUUACACUAAUCUACGUAUCGAGAGAUCUGAGUAUUUGAAAUCCUCGUAUUGAGAUCUUUUUAGGUAUUAAAUUGUCGCAACUAGAUACCGGUAUCAGGCUUAUGGUAGGUUCACGUGUAAACUUUAUAUAGUUCUUUGUAAAAUAUUUGUUUUAUGAAGAUUUUAUUUACCUCGAAGCCGGUUAUCGAACUUUUUUUGAUGCCGGUGCCAUAUUUUUUGUAUUGUUUUUAAUAUUAAAAAAGUUUUAAAUCUUAAUUAAACUUUAAGCGUGACAUGAUUCUAAAUAUAUUUAAUGUGGGAUGACAUUGAUGUUGCAUUAUAAGUUCAUGAGUUCGAAAUCGUUUGAAACCAAAGUACCUACGACACAAAAACUUUGCAUUUAUAUUUUUACUUCAAUAAAUAUUAUGUUGUAACCUUUUAAUUACUUAACUAUACCAUGCUAUUACCUAUUAAAUGUAAAGCAAACAUCACACUGAUAUGAUCAUGGUAUUAGAUUUUCGCCUUAAGUCUAAUAUUUCAAGUAUAAUAUUUGGUUAUAGGCACAUAUGGAGGUAGAGGACUACAUUUCAUACACUUUUGUCAUUCAGACGGAUACAUUAAUUAACUAAUACAUUUGUCGUAUGUCUGCAAUACCUCACCACGACGUUCUUUGUUUCAGUGUGAUGUAAUGAAAUAAUGUAUGCUUAAAAUACAGAUAGAAAUAUUUAAAAAUAUUUCAUAAGUAUAUGAUGUGAAGGCACUUUGAGUGGCAAUGGCACAAUAGAGAUCGAGUUGUUUGGUGUGGAUAAAAAUAACAAAAAUUAUGUGUAAAGUGGUUUUUAUUCGUGUAUAUUCAUUAAAAAUUGCAGAUGAA